AUGAAGUUAAGUGCGGUGCUUAUAAACACUGGUAUCUUGUACUCCACUCUGGCGUUCGGUGUGGACGCCACUGCGAUUGGUGAGAAAUCUCACGACGUGAACGUUGACACGGAAAGGCCACCUGAGGGCAAGACGUGGGAGGAAUGGCAUAUGCAGCACGAGCAUCAAUUGGACACGUAUACCCCUGAGCAGUUCUUUGCCGUGCAUGACAACAAGAAGAAGGGAUACUGGGACGACAACGAUAUUCUGUCGCUGUACGGGCUGAACAGGCGGGAGGUUGUUGGUACUGGUGAUGGGAUGGGUUCGCAUGACGACAGCGAGCUUGUUGAUGAGGAGAUGAGCACGCGAGUGGUCAGUCUUGUGAUGAGAUUGCUGGAUGUCAACGAUGACGACAAGAUUUUGAAGAGCGAAUACUUGGAUUUCGCGAAACGUGGUAACAAGUUCCCUGAUCUGGGUGUUGGUGUGGGCCACCAUUCUGAUUUCGAGAUUGAGUACGAGAUCCACCACUGGAACAAGUACCACAAGGACUCCGAUCCUGACGUAAAACAGGUACACAAGGAGGAUGUCGAGCAUGAACUGCUUCACCACGAGCACGAAAUCGAGCACGAGGAGAAAAUACAGAGAGGAGCCUCGAGAGCUACAGUCAUCACCGACGACGAACUCGAGGCGCGUAUACAGUUGGAGAACAUUCCAACCAAGUUCAAGAACGGGUUCUUCUGA